AUGGAUGACUCUACAGGUUAUGGACCCAUAUUUGAGGAGGAGCCAACAGACACCAUUCACCCUGAGGAAGCACCGGAGGACAAGAUAACCAUGCGCUGCCGAGCGCGAGCCAACCCACCUGCCACGUACCGGUGGAAGAUUAAUGACCGGGAAAUUCCCUUUGAGGGGAAGGGUGCAGAACGCUUCAGCAUGGUGGGAGGCAACUUGGCCAUCAGCUCCCCCAACAAGACGGAAGAUGCAGGAAGAUACAUCUGUGUAGCAACCAACAAGUAUGGCACAGUUAUCAGCCGAGGGGCUACCGUCACAUUUGGAUACUUGGACAUGUUCUCCACAGAGGACCGAGAAGCAGUGCAUAUAAAGGAGGGACAGGGAGCGGUGCUGUUGUGUGCUCCUCCUCCACACUUUCCAGAUGAUCUAUCCUUUCGCUGGAUGCUCAAUGAGUUCCCCACCUUCAUUCCUGUGGAUAAGCGGCGGUUUGUCUCACAGACCACAGGGAACCUCUACAUUGCAAAAGUGGACAGCUCUGACAGUGGAAACUACUCUUGCUUUGUGUCAAGUCCCUCUAUCACCAAGAGCGUCUUCAGCAAAUACAUCCCCCUGGUGCCCAUAGUGGAACGUCCUGUGAGGAAAUACCCAGCUGACAUCAAAGUCAAGUUUCCUGACACUGUUGCACUGCUUGGCCAGAAUAUCACCCUGGAGUGUUUUGCUCUGGGAAAUCCCAUCCCUCAAAUUAGAUGGAGGAAGAUGGAUGGCACACUGCCAGCCCACCAUCAGAUCAGUAUGGCAGGGGGGCACUUGCACUUGGUCAACGUGCAGUAUGAGGACGCAGGCACAUAUGAGUGUGAAGCUGUCAACUCGAAAGGAAAAGACCGGCAUUCAGCACGGCUCAUAGUAGAAGCUGCCCCAGAGUGGUUGGAGAACAUCUCUAGCUCAGAGGCGAACGUCAACAGUGACUACACAAUGUCAUGUGUAGCCAGUGGAAUACCCACGCCGGUUGUUCACUGGCUGAAAAAUGGCAAUGUGGUAGUGAGUAAUACGAGCGAGUUAAAGUUCACUGACCUCACUUUUGAUGACUCGGGGAUGUACCAAUGCGUCGCAGAGAACAAGUAUGGAGUGAUUCAUGCCAACGCUGAGCUGCGUGUUUUUGCGAGUCCUCCAACCUUUGAGUUCAACCCGGUGAAGUCGGAGAUCCUUGCACCCAAAAAUGGACGUGUGGUUAUCGAGUGUAAACCCAGAGCUGCACCUAAGCCAGUCUUCUCCUGGAGCAAAGGGACGGAACUGCUCUCCAACUCCAGCAGGAUAUUUAUUUGGGAGGAUGGUAGUCUGGAGAUUCUCAACGUAACCAAGACGGACGAGGGGAAGUACACCUGUUUUGCUCGUAGUACACUCGGCAGGGCAAACAGCACUGGUUCUCUGUCAGUCACAGAUGCCACUAAGAUCACGCUGGCCCCAUCCAAUGCUGAUGUCACAGUGGGUGAGAAUGCCAACAUGCAGUGUGCUGCAUCCCACGACUCCAGUCUGGACAUCACUUUCAUCUGGUCCCUGGAUGGCCAUGCCAUUGACUUCGACAAGGAGAGGGAGCACUAUGAACGCAUCAUGGUUGGAGACUCGAGUAGUGAAUUACUGAUUAAGAAUACCCAGCUGAAGCAUGCUGGCCGCUACACCUGCACUGCUCAGACCCCUGUGGACAAUGUCACAGCCUCCGCUGACCUGGUAGUCCGAGGUCCCCCCGGACCUCCGGGCGGUGUUCGGGUCGAGGAUAUUGGGCCUAAGUCAGUGCGUUUGAUUUGGAGUCAAGGCACAGACAACCACAGUCCCAUCUCCAAAUACACAAUCCAGUACAGACAGCCUAACAUUCAGGAUGAGUGGAGGGACGCAGUCACCUCACCUGCGAAUGUGGAGGGCAAUGCAGAGACAGCUACAGUUGUUGACUUGAUUCCCUGGACAACGUAUGAGUUUAGAGUCACCGCCACCAAUACUCUGGGUACAGGAAAACCCAGUGACCCUUCAGCGAAAAUCACUACUCAGGAGGCAGUUCCUGUGGUGGCGCCCUCAGACGUUGGUGGAGGAGGGGGAACCAGCAGGGAGCUUACCAUUACAUGGACGCCUGUGCAGCCACAGUACUACUACGGCCGCAACUUCGGCUACAUCGUCGCCUUUAGACCUCGCAAUGACUAUGAGUGGAGGAAGGUGACGGUGGCUGACCCACAGGCCAAUCGCUACGUCCACAAGGAUGCCUCCAUCUCCCCUUACACCCAGUUUGAGGUCAAAGUGAAGGCUUUCAAUAGCAAAGGAGAAGGACCCUUCAGCCUCACAGCAGUAAUUUACUCCUCAGAGGACGCUCCAUCUGAGGCACCAUCCAUAGUGGAGGUGAAGAGUCUCUCUGCCACUGAGGCUGUAGUAUGGUGGUUUCCAGUCCUCCAUCAGACUGUGGAGGGAUAUCAGGUGAGGUACUGGAGGAAGACUGAUGAGAAUGAGGCAACAGCCCUCCGCCUCAUGGUGUCCAGCAGGGAGAAUCACACUAGACUAGACAACAUGCGGCCAGACUCCCUUUACCUCGUCAACGUGCGUGCCUACAAUGCUGCUGGCUACGGUCCUACGAGCAUAAUCCAUGAGAUCCGGACCAAGAAAGCACCCCCAAGUCGUCCUCCAAAGAUCUUAGGCCCAAAGUUCAGUUCCAGUGGCACCUCAGUCAACAUAGCCUGGGAGCAGGUGGAAUCUUUAGCCAACGAAUCCAUAGUGGAGGGCUAUAAAGUGCUCUAUACAAUGGAUGGCAAGGGAACGUUAUAUAUGACAGAGAGGCAGUCCAUUGACCUGCCCUUAACAAAAAAAGGGCAAUACCUUGUGGAAGUUCGAGCAUACAGUGCUGGAGGCGAUGGAGCUGUGGCACGACUACAGAUCACAGCUGGAGCUGUAAUGGCUGCCCAGUCUUUCAGCCUGCUUGUGCUACUGGCAGUAGCGAUCCUCUCCCAGAGACUCUGA